AUGCCAGUUCCGUUUGGUUUCUCGGUUGGCGACUUCGUGGCUGUGAUGCAGCUCACAAGCAAAAUAAUCUCGUCACUAAAAGGGGCUGGGGGCUCUGCUUCGGAGUACCAACAUGCUGUUGUUGAACUCGAAAGCCUCAAAAGAUUGCUCGAGAGAGUGACAAAACUGACCAUUACCGAAGACAAUGCGGUACAAGUCAAUGCCCUCCGCGGCCUGGCCUUGGCUUGCGAGCCUUGUCUCCAAGAGUUCUACCAAAAGCUCAGGUCUUACGAAGCAUCAAUUGGGCCAUACGCGCCGAGAGGCCGCCUCAAGGGUGCCUUCCACAAGGUCAAAUGGGCUUUUCUGGGAUCGGAAGAAUUCAGCCAAUUCCGCAAGUUCAUUGCGAUGAAAAUCUACAACGUCUUAGCGGAGUAUAUUUCUGACAGGGCUGAAAGUGAAUCUGCUUCAACCAGAGACACACAGGAGCACAUUGCGCACUUUAGCCUCCUCGACGAGAUCACAAAACUCCGAGAAAGCAUGGAAAGACUGGAGCUCGCGAAUCAGCAACCGAGUUCUCAUCUCGACCACGAGGCCAGCCUACGACCCAUACAAGAUAAGGUCGAGGACAUUGCUGAACGAUUGGAGAGCAACCUGACUCCUGUCUCAAGUGCACUGACUUCGGUUGGGAGAGCAGUCUUCGGUUUCCAUAACGUCCUGGGACAGAUUAUAGAUUUCCUCGGCUCCUUCCGGCGAGAGACAAAAGAGGCGCUUCAGAGGAUCAUUCAAACUAAUAUGCAGAUAUAUGCGUUGCUUCUAACGAGUCAGAAUAGUCCCGGACACAGUCCGUCGAUGCUUUCUGACGCUAUUCUCUUCGAAGACGCCCUCGGUAGGAAAGUUUCACUUCCCUAUCAAUGGUUCCGUCACUGGGAGGCUUUCGAAGGCCUCCUCCGCGCCGAAUUCAAGGGCAUCCCUGGUGAGGCCAAAGUGAUCUUCAGUGACUAUGUCGAUGAUCAUCUCCCAGAUUCGCUGGCAGGGUGGGUUGUGCCCGCGCCCAAGUUGCGGAGAGCCGCGUAUCGACCUGGACCACCCACGGGCAUUGGUUACAUGUAUUAUCCGUCAAGAGAGAGACUCGAAGGCAGCACAAAGCGUGUUACUGUCCUGACAGAAGAUGACGAAGUGAUAUGGUCACAGAGCACCCAAGAUCUCGAGGUCUUUGGGGCCAGACCACUUCCUAGAGAUCCAGAGGAAUCGAUGGCGAUCCUGGCGCUAUUGCAAUCCACCGAUACACCGGCUGUGAACGAAGAAAUAUCGUCUCUAAACAACGCAACACAAGCGAGCUCUCACGGUGAAAAGGAGCCAACUUCACACGAGCCAACAGGCGGACCCGACUUUCAAAAACCCAAGGUGGGAAAGACCAGAGCUUCAGACAAGUUACAUUCCGAGUUCGAAACGCCGUUGGACAACUGGCUCGCCCAGACUGAAUCUGUGCACCUCGAGCCCAACGUGUUAUCAAACACCCCGGUAGUAGAUACGACGAGACAGGAUGUGGAGGCAUCCGAGAUUGAGCAUUUCCGACAAGUUCAUAUCAAGCAAUGGACGAAUGACGCUGAUCGCAACAACGACAGAAAGACAGGCGCCGAUGACCUUGAUGGGGAGCGGAAAUCGAUGAGGCAAUCUACCACCGUAACAUCUGCGAUAGGUUCCCCUUGA